AUGGCAUCCUCUCUUUAUGUCACAGUAAUGCUAUCAUAUCUUUUACAAACUGGUCGUAGAUUUUAUUAUAGGUCAAGUUGGAACGAUCCAUUUUGUAAUGUAGCGAUAGUUUCAAUCAUAAUCUUGAAUUGCAUAUAUUGGAUCUCAUCUAUUCGUACACUUUGGCAAAAGAGUGGACAACCUUAUAUGGCGGCUUGUAUUUUAGCUGCCGUUUUUUGGAUGAUUGGUUUGAUUUUUUCCUUUCUGUACGCUUUUAAUCCUGUUCUGGCAACACAAUUUGGUAAUCGCCAAGCUAAUAAUUUUGAUAACAAGAAUACUGUUAAUAAGAAUGAAUGUCAAAAGGUCGAGCGCAGUAAUAAUAAUACAGCCGAUAAUAAUAAUACAGCUGAUAAUAAGGAUAACAUCAAUUCUUUAAACACUUCAAAUAUUAAAGACUUUCAAUUAUGCCGUGCAAAUUCAACAAAUACUUCUGUUGGAUUAUGCAAUUCUAUAGAACUUAUGUUAAGAAUUUGUCUGGUCGUUGUUUUUGGUAUACCUCCUUCUCCAAAAAUUUUAGAGUUUUUAUCUCAAAAAAUAUUAAAUAAGAAUAAGAAUAGCUCAUUGACUUUAACGGUGGAAGAAACUAGGUAA